UCACUUCAGCUUCCGGUUCCGCAUGCGUAGCUAAAUGAAAACAUGGCUGGAAGAUAUGGAUUCGCACAGUUCUUUUCUAGAGACAAAGUAAAGACAUUUAAACCAAAGAAGAAGUUUGAACAGGGUACUCUCAAAUUCAACCUCCAUAAACAGGCCAAUGCCUCACUGAGUUCCGGUAUAGAUCUGAAGGAGGUUGUCAGGUUACCACCGCAAGAAGAUUUAAAUGAUUGGAUUGCCGUGCAUGUUGUAGAUUUUUUCAACAGAAUCAAUCUAUUAUAUGGUACUAUAUGUGAAUACUGCACUGAAGAAACAUGUACCACAAUGUCUGGUGGUCCUAGAUAUGAAUAUCAGUGGUGUGACACAGACAGUGUGAAAUACAAAAGACCAACAGCAUUACCAGCUCCCAAAUAUAUAUCAUUGUUGAUGGAUUGGGUAGAAUCCCAGAUUAAUGAUGAAAACAUAUUCCCAGUAAAAGUUGGAGUACCAUUCCCAAAGAAUUACUUACAAGUGGUGAAGAAAUUACUAACCCGACUAUACAGAGUUUUUGUACAUGUGUAUAUACAUCAUUUUGAUACAUUAGUUGCCUUAGGUGCUGAAGCUCAUGUAAACACGUGCUAUAAACAUUUCUAUUACUUUGUGGUGGAAUACAGCUUAGUAGACAAGAAGGAGCUGGAGCCAUUACGAGAAAUGACCGAGAAGAUGUGCCUCUGACGGCCUUUUACAUCCAUCUGAUGGCCUUUUACAUCCUUUAUCUUUACAGAAAGACAUGACGGCAAGGAUUUGUCACUAACAGAUUUUAUCAGUUUGUUAAUAAUUGAUUGUUAAGAAUAACAAUAAUAAUGUUACGUUGAUUAUGAUGAAGUAUCGAACCAGGCAAUCAUGUAGAAUAAGAAGAGCUAAAAUAAAAAAAAACAAAAAUAUUAUUUAUAUUUUUUCAAAUAGUGAUACCUAUGAAAGAAUUAUUCUUCUUUGGGAACAAUUUGAGAAAAAAAGAGUUUAAUACUACAAUCCUUAAAAAUUUACACUGAAUAAGAUAAUUUUCAAUAAUUAAAAUUUCAAUAUUGAUUUUAGAUACAGUGUAUGUACAUUCCUAGUAUAGUACACUUAGUAGUUGUAUAAAGACAUUUCUGGGUUCUAAAUAUAGAGUUUUCGUCAGAAAACAUUCAAAAUUAAAAGGCUGCAUACAUAAUUAUCUGGUUUGAAGAAUUCAUUUGUUUAAGUGAUGCUCGUAUUAGGACUAGUCAGGGAAAUAUUAUUGUAAUUUUCUGUUUUUUAUCUCCUUGACACGAUAUUUGUGAAUUUAAAUAUACGUAAGUAGAAUAUGGACAAGUUUAGUAUUUAGGUUUAUUUUUUAAGACAUUUCAUGUUCAAGCCAAACAAACAUCUUCACAUUUUUGCCUAUUGAAUCUGCAGCAGGAAAUAGCUCUGCAUGAUAAAAGGGAAAUAAUUCAUAAAAGAUUGAUGUAAGAAAUUCUCAACACUAUAACAAACAAAUAAUUAUUUACCCUUUUAUUUAUAUUUUUUUAAUUUUAAUGUGGGAAGUUAUGUUUUUUUCUUAGAAAUUUGUUGAUGUAAAUUAUUUAUUGUUGCUGUUAUUUAACUUUGAAUUAAAAAAUAAUGUGUUUUAUUUUGUUCCGCUAUCAUUUUGUUUUCCAGUCUGUACCAGUUUUUAAUCUCUGUCAUUUCUUUAUCUCUCAUGCAUAUCCUUCUUGUAUCCUUAAUUUUAAAUGAAGAGUUUCAUUUAGUGUUGACUUGUAUAAUUUAUAUAUGUAAAUUUCAUAACAAAAUAUUAAAUUUUUCAUUUGUUAUAUCGUUUGUUUAUCACGUUUAUGUCCCAAUAUACUUAUUGUCUCUAAAAUAAGAAAGAAAUCUACAUUAUGUAUGAGUUUAUUUACUUGUGAUCUAGACACUAAUUUAGCUAUUUAUAGAUGAAUUAUUUAUAAAUGUCUAAUAUAUGAAUCUCUAUUUAGAAUGUUUUACCAACUUUAUUGGAAACUUUUUUUAAAUGAUUGAUGAUUAAAAAAAAUAUUCCAGUCAAAAUGAACUUUGAAGGUACACAAUUUACAAAGAAAAGAUAUUUAUAAUGAAAUUGUUAUAUUAUUAAUGGGUAAUCAUGUUACCAGUUGGAUUUAAUGGUAGGGUAAACUUCAUAUUUAACUCACAUUCAAAACUCUGAAAGCAAUACAAAAACAACUUAUACAUGUUAUAUAUGACUCAUAUUGUCAGAUAUAGUAACCAGCUAGUUGAUACUUCAGAAGUACAUUAAAAUAUGUACAUUUACUCCAUAUCCUUUCAUUUUCUAUCAACAGAACUUUUGUUUUUUUUAUUUUAUGUAGUAAAAUGGUAUAUGCAUAAAAUAAAGGGGCUAUAAGGACUUUAUUUUGCCAUUUAAAUUUUUCAAUUUAAUAUACCUUUAUAAAUUUGUAAAAAAAACUUAAAAAAAGGUAACAAUAAAUGCAUAUAUGACAUAAAAAAAGUCACUUGUACACCUUUUGGUGAAAAAAACUUUUCGAUCUAUUUUCAAGUGGUUUUUAGACCCCAAAUAUAGAGCAAUUAGAGGUAUAAUUUAAAAAGUUUACAGUUUUUGUCUAUAUGAAGGACUUUCUCAUGUUAUUUGUAGGAUUUCAGUUUUUCCCACUUACAAAUAUAUGUACAUGUAAAAGCAGAUUUUUGUCAUUUGUAUACAACGUUUUACACAAAAUCACAUGAUUUUGUAAUACAUUUUGUACUUUGAUUUUUUUUAGGCCAAAUAGUGUCCCUAUAAGCACACAUUUUCCCCUUGCAUAUAAAUGAUUAAUUACUUGCCAUUAAUAUGAGAUUAAUUUAUUUACCGGUAUAUUUCUUUUUUUAAGUUAUUUUAGUUUUCUCAAAUAGGGAGUACAAUGUAGGUAGUGCUACUGCUUUUUGGGUUCAGGUUUUUAUGUUGCUUAAAGACCUUCUAUUGUAGUUGCAAAUGUCCUUCACACUUAUUUCGUAAAAUGACAAAUGUAUAUAAAAAAUCUUUUUGCAUCAUUAAAAAGUUCCAGACCAAAAAUCAACACAUAUUUUAACCUUUGAAUUGAUUUAAAUUUCAGAUCUCAACCCUCCGAGUUGUACGGUAAUGAUUCAUUUUUUUUCAAUAAAAGUGGAGGGGGUAUUAAUUUUACAAGAAUAGAUUUAAUAAGUUCGAUAUUUUUUUCUCAGUCUGGUGAGGGAAGGACAGACAAGUAUUAUUACGUUAUACGUUUUUUCUCAUCGAUUUUCUGCCAUUGUUUUACACUGUGAUUAAAGUACCAUCAAUUACUGACAAUAAGACAGUAAGGCCAUUUUAAUUUGGAGAGGUUCUUUUAUCAGAUUAAUGAACUAUCAUGUAUUUUUAUACUUGGUGUAAUAGGAUUGUGACUUUUCUGUUGUGCAGUUUUGUAAAUUAAAAAAAAAUAAAUGAAGUUGUCUUCCAUUUUUAAAACUGUCUUCAUUAUUUUGUAAUCUAUUGGUGUUAUAUAGACUAAUUUAUCUUUGUUUAAUGGCUUGUAGAAUUUUUCUGAUAACAAUAUCUGGUGUAAAUUUUUCUUUUUUUUAUGCCCUCCGCCGUAGCGUAUGGGGCAUUUUUUUGGGGGCUUUUACCUGCUUUUUUACUGAAAUUUAAAGAUACUUAAAAGAUAUCUGUUGAGUAAGCAACUUCUAAUGAUUUGUAAGACAUGUUUCAAUGACUGUUCUGCCAAAUUCUAAUAUAUUAAAAAGUUUUUGAAACUUUCUCAAAUGGAAUACAAGUUUAACAGAAAUUUAAAAUUUGGAGCCAUUAAAAGUGUUUAUUAAGGUUUUGGACAAAACACAUCAAUAAAUAUAAAUUUCAAUAAAUAUUUCAAUUAAUUUUGAAUCUUUUUUUGGGAAUAUGGGUUCUGCUGUACAAGUAUGAAAAUUUGAUGAAAUAAAAGUAUCUUUUAUUUUCCCAAAAUAAACAAUGCAAACUUAAAAUGUUUUGGUUGAAACAAAAAUUACUACUCAUGAUUAUUGUGUUGCUGGGUUGCUGUCUCAUUCAGAUAUACCUGUCAUCUCCUUUUAUAUCUGUUGACUUUCUAUUUAUGUUAAGUGAAAUAAAAACAAAAUGUAUUUAGACGGAAAAGUAGGUCACUAUAAAUACACUGCAGCUGUGGUGGACUUUAUCAUUUAGACUUGUGGGCGUGGGCACAGAGUGGACAACAUGGUCCCAAUUCAGUGAAGAAUACAACACUGCUCAUAUUUAAGCCUUUGACUUGUGUAAAUGGCAAAACUUGCCGGAGCUGUAGUUUGCAAUUGGUUUGUUAUGGCCACAUAAUUGUAUAUGUAUUGCUGUUUUAUAUCUAUUUACCAAAAAAGUUUUUGUAAUGAUUUUUACAUUUUUAUUAUUUUGUUAGAUUAGCUGAGGGAUAGCAUAAGGUAUUUUGAGCAAUAUUGGUGAAGGAUUAAAACUAGAAAAAAAAUAAGAUUUCAAUUUAUACUAGACAAAAAGAAGAAAAAUCAAAUUAUACCAGACAAAAGAUAUUAUUAUAAACAUGUAGUUGGAUCUAAUAAAUAAAAAAAAAUAUAAUAUGUAAUCUCUAGUAAAUUUCUAAAUGUCUUUAAUAGACAAAAAGACAAUUGAAUUAUUUGUUAUUUUGAUGGCAAGAAGUCAGAGUAUUUUAAUUUUUGAAGUUUUUUCCUGUUAAGAAUAGAAAAAAGGUGUAAAAUUAUUUUUAUUACUGAAAUAGAUUAGAAAUUGCUUUUAAUAGUUAGAUGUAAAAUGAACAACAGAAUGAUAACGAAAAUACAGUACACACAAGGUGAUUUAUUUGAAAAUCACUCUACCUGGUGAUUUUCCACUAUGAUUGCUAGGGAUUAAAGGUGAAUCACUUUGAACUUUCAUCCUGUAAAAUUCUAUAUGUACACAAAAGUAAUAUUAGAAUGAUUCCUCAAUAAAAGAGUAAUAACCUAAAAUCAACAGCAAUCACUGUUUGACAGUGAAUCACACCACACCAGCCAGAGUGAUUUUUCAUUGAAUCACAUAUUUUGUACUAGUACUUUUGAUAUUGCAUAAGGAGUGUUGAAGUAUUGGGAAGUUCAAAUGGCUUACAUUUUAUAGUGCUGAAAAAUGCAAUGCAUGGCUAUCUUUAUUUAAAUACAUCUGAUGAAAGAUUUUUGACAUUUUUUAAACACUUAGGUGUCUUCUUCAGUCGAUUCAAUUAGUUUAUGUAAAAGAUUUGAACUGAUUUAGUCAUUAAAGACUCCUAAAUUCAAGCUUAAAUAGGAAAAAUCUAUCAAAUAUGCCAAAAUACGUCAAUUUUCAGAUGGUUUUUGUCUAAAAUGGAAGUGGCCGCAUUCAUGUUCCGUCUCAACCUUUAUAUAUGUUAUGUAUCAUCAUCAAAUAAACAUAUAUUUAAAUACUAUGACUGAACACAGGUGUGGCCACUUCCAUUUUAGACAAAAACCAUCUGAAAAUAAGCACAAAUCCUAAAAUUGUGAAGAUUUCAGUAAUUUUCAAUAAAUUAAUGAUGCUAGUACCUGAUGCAUGUGCAUUGUAUUAUCAAAAACAGCACAUAUUCAUGUAACAAAAGAAUUCUUCUUUCAAAUAAAUUGCUGAAAGUUUACAUUUUUAACAAAUUUUUGAAAUGCUAUAGUUAGGGGCAAAAAGGGGUCUUACCAGCCCUACUCCUUUGAAAUAUGACUGCUUUAAUUUUUAUGACAAAAACUUCUCAUGAAGAGAUAUUUUUAGUUUUUGAUCAUUCAAAUUUGUUAGAAAGAAGGAAGGUGGCUAAGUAAGUGAUUGCUUUAUUGUUUAAAUUUAAUGCCAACAUAAUAACAAUGGCAGGUCAUUUAUUAAGAAUUAUAAAAUGAACAAAAAGGCACUUAUUCUUUAAAUUCAGGAAAAGUCCGAAAAUGUUUAGGGGGAUAAUUCAUGGAAAAGUUACAAAUUUGUGUAAGUGUUAUGUGUUUUAUUUAAAAAAUACCCUGUCUUUAAUUUUUAUCAGAUAACCAUGCAUUGUUUCAUUGGAAAAAAAUGUUUAAGUUUUUCGUCUUUUAUAUUGUAAAUAGGACAUUUGUACAUAUAUUUCACUAACUUCUUAUUCCAUCCAAACAUCUAUAUUUGUAAAGGAUAUCUCAUUAUCAUUUAUGCUCAUGUUAUAUAAAAUAAAACAAAUAUUUGCAUGA